AUGAAGGACACACCAACCUUACGAAUCGCCAUUAUUGGCGCAGGCAUCACUGGCCUUACUACAGCAAUCGCGCUUCGCAAACUUCCAAAUGUCGAUGUGCAAAUAUACGAACGAGCGAAACAGCUUAGAGAGCUAGGUCAGGCUAUCGCGAUAAACCCUAAUGGCCUUCGCACGCUUGAGAAACUGGGAUUGCAUAAGGUGCUGUCAGAUGAAACACUGACGGUCACNAGACACUGGAAGACAAAUGAGAUAGUGGGAAGAGAGCAACAUACGCCACAUGUCGAAGAGAAGCAUAAGAUGACUAGGUUCUAUCGUCCAGAUCUGCAGGAGACAAUACUGGAGUACCUACCUCGAGAGAUUAUACACCUCAACAAACGGGUUGUCGACGUCAAAAUCCAGGAUGAAGGUGUUGAUGUCGAGUUUGAGGAUACCACAACCAUACAUGCAGACCUCCUUGUUGGUGCAGAUGGUAUUCGCUCAGCCGUUCGCGGUUUCUUUGCUCCAGAAUUUGAACUCAAAUGGUCCGGAUUGAUUGCCUAUCGCUCUGCUUUCGAUAUCAAAAUACUCGAUCAUGUCGAAGACUUACCGGAAGAUACAACACAAUGGGUAUACUGCACUUUCUCGACUUCUGUUCGCGGCUAA